AACAACAAGAAUGGAGUGAUACCUGAGUGGUACUCGAAUGAGAAUUUGAACUUAAUUAGCAUGUAACUUAAUUAGCAUGUCAGCAUGGAAUAGAAUCAGAAAAUUAUGGAAAUAGUAUGGAAUACAAAAAAAUCAAAAAUUCAUGAACAUAAUAGCAUGGAACAAAACCAUAAAUGUGCAGAAACCGUAACAUUAUCCAUCGGAAUAUGACUACGUAGUAAUGCGCAUUUUGUCCACGUAGAGGCGCUGAUGGAUGAAAACAGAUGGAAAUCAAGAAUCAUCAAUGGAUGUCCCUUUCAAAACUUCUCUAUAAUAAAUAACAGCUGAACAGCAAUUCGAGACUGUUCGAGACUAUUGAAAACUAUUCGAAUGUACAUUACAGAUUACAGUUUCAAGAAGGAAGAUACAACUUGUAUUCGUAUUGAUUAAAUACAUGUUAAAUGAUGGCAAAUAAUAACAAGAGUUCCUUUAUUACUGUACCUGGCUUCUGUCCGGAUUGUGGUUCAAUUUUACCUUUGCUUGGAGAGAAAGGAGGAGUUACAUGUUACACAUGCAAAAGAGAAUGGGAUGCUGAAGUUUUUGGUGAUAUGAAAAUGACACAUACGAUCCAUUUUAAUACUAAAGAUACUUAUGUAUCUGUCAAAGAAGAGGAGGAUGAUAGUGAAGAUGACGCAGAUGGACCAACAGUGGAGCGAGAAUGUCCUCAAUGUUAUAAUGAUAAAAUGUCCUAUGCAACAUUGCAAUUGAGGUCUGCUGACGAAGGACAAACUGUAUUUUUCACAUGUACCAAGUGCAAAUUCAAGAUAACAGAGAAUUCUUAAUAUGGAUUUCAUAGACUAUAUUUUAUUUUAUAAGAAAUAUUGUAAAACAUAUAUGUGAUUCUUGUUCUUUAAG